CCUUUAAGACAGAGGAAGACGUUGACCCUGAUGAUGAUGUUGAUGAGGAUGACGACGAUGAUGUUUUUGAACCUGUGCCUGACUCACCAAAGAAAUUGAUCAUGCGAUCACCAGCAGCUAAAAGGAGAACACAGUCACUGAGUGCUCUCAAAGAUAAAGAGAAGGCUACAAAG